UACCCGGACGAUUAAAGCAGGAGCACCGCCAGACCAACCAGCAGCAGCUAGAGGCUUCUAGAAACAACGUGCACCGGGACAGUCACCGGCAAAACCAGCUCCACCGAUCACAACGUGACACAUUCACACUUUAAAACCCAUUUAGCCGGACAAAUGGCGAAGUGGGGAGAAGGAGACCCUCGAUGGAUCGUGGAGGAGAGAGCCGACGCGACUAAUGUCAACAACUGGCACUGGACUGAACGAGAUGCAACAAACUGGUCGUCGGACAAGUUAAAAUCCCUCGUCCUCGGGUUGACCGUCGAGAACGACGAGGGGAGCUGCGAGGUGACAGAAGUCGGAAAGUUGGAAGGAGAAGCCUCGAUUAACAACCGCAAAGGGAAACUGAUUUUCUUCUAUGAGUGGAACAUGAAAGCUACUUGGACUGGAACGUCAAAAGCAGGAGUGAAAUAUAAAGGAACUGUGGAAGUUCCCAACCUGUCGGACGAGAACGACAUGGAGGAUCUUGAUAUUUCAGUAUCGCUGAAUAAAGAUGAACCCGAAACAUCGCUGACCCACCUGAUGAGGACGGAGGGAGCAGAUAAAAUGCGUAAAGCCCUGGCCAGCUACGUUGAUUACUUAAAAACAGAGUUCACACAGGGAAUGAUCCUGCCUACAGCAAACGGCAUGGCCAAGAUUCAGUCCUCUUCACAAUCAAAAGCCAAGAUGGACAGAACUCAG